UAAACUCCCCGAGGUAAACAAACCCUGAAACACACGUGGGCGUUUUAUAUUUUUUGCCAUUUUUUCAUUUUUUACGCCUUAAUUAUCGACGUGGAGGCGUGUGAGGGCAGGCAACACCCCAUGGCACGUGUAUGUUAAAGGGAAACUGCUGUAAAUAAGCGGACUGCAUCACACCACCACCACCACCACCACCACCACCGCCCCGCCAUGAGCCUGUUCACCCAGCAGCUCAACCCCAUCACGGGGCGCCGGGAGUGGGGCGUCAUGCCCGAGGACUACGACUACAAGCAGGAGGUGGCGCGCUCUGCCUACGCCGACAUGCUGCACGACAGGGAGCGGAAUGACAAGUACUACGAGGGCGUGCGGCGGGCAGUGGCGUGUCUGCGGCGGCGCGGGCAGCCGGUUCACGCCCUGGACAUAGGCACUGGUACUGGCCUGCUCUCCAUGAUGGCGGUGGCCUGCGGUGCCGACACUGUGACCGCUUGCGAGGCCUUCUACCCCAUGGCGGAGUGUGCGCGGAAGGGGCUGGCGGCGAACGGGUGUGGGGAGAAGGUCCGCCUCAUCCCCAAACGGUCGACAGAACUUGAGGUCGGCUUGGGCAAGGACAUGGAACAGCACGCGAACCUCCUUGUUGCGGAACUCUUCGACACGGAGCUCAUUGGGGAGGGCGCCAUAGACUCGUACAGACACGCCCGGGACUUCCUGUUGACGGAGGACGCGUUACUGGUGCCGUGGGAGGGGGUGGUGUACGCCCAAGUGGUGGACUCGGACAUGCUGCAGCGAUGGAACAGGGUCACCCCCAUCACCAGGCAGACUCCCAGCGGCGGCGAGGAGGUGGUGAUGUCCGUGCCUCCCUCGGUCCAGCAGUGCCCAGGUGCCGCAGCCGUCCAUGACCUACAGCUGUCUCAAGUGCCCCGGAGCUGGUUCACACCCCUGUCGGAACCCCUGCCUGUGUUUAGGUUCGACUGGGGGGGCCGCCGACGUGACCUCCCCACAGAUGAGGUGACCCGGGUCAGCUUCGAGGCGCUGCGGGGGGGCGGGCGAUGCGACGCUGUGCUCAUGUGGUGGGAGGUGACCUUUGACCCCGAGGGAGAGGUCACGCUGAGCUGCGCACCCUACUGGGCACAUCCUGACCUGGCGGGUCAAGGUCACCAGGGGGGCAGCGCGGACAUCCCCUGGCGUGACCACUGGAUGCAAGCUGUCUACUACCUCCCCACCUCCCCCCGGGCAGCCCCAGGGGAGGCGAUGACCCUGGUGUCUGCCCAUGAUGAGUAUAGCCUGUGGUUCAAUGUGAAGAGGCCCCAGGGUGACCCCAUAUCCCUGGAACGCCCGGUAUGUGAGUGCGGGCUUCAUAUCAUCAAUGCUAGGACACGUCUCGGCCAGCUAAAUGACCCUCGGAGGCGCGCGGUCUUCCUGAGGGUGCUGGAGAGGGUCAUCGAUAAGGACUCCGUGGUGCUGGCGCUGGGGGACGGAUGCCUCAUGGGGGUGGCGGCUGCGAAGAUGGGUGCGCGCCAUGUUUACCUGACCGAGGGCAGCGAGGCGGGGCGUCGCGUGAUGGCCCAGUUCAUCGCUGCCAACCAGGUGGGCGACAGGGUGACCAUUCUGAAUGAGGAUAUCAGCGACACACCCCUGGCUGACCUGGUGGCCCCUAUCAACCUCGUUUUCUCGGAACCCUUCUUCAGCACAUCCCUCCUGCCCUGGCACGCCCUCUACUGCUGGUACGCUCGGAACAGCUGCCUGCACCUCCUCGGCCCCUCCCCGCACCUCCUCCCAGGGCGCCUCACUCUCUGGGGGCUGCCGGUGCGCUAUCGAGACUUGUGGAAGAUCCGUGCGCCCCUUCGAGAGUGCAAUGGGUUCACUAUGGAUGUGUUUGAUGAGCUCAUCGAGACGGCAUGCCGGGAGGCUGAUGACCCCAUUGAGCCCCAGCCCCUGUGGGAGUACCCCGCCGAGGCCCGGGGCGCCCCCUUACCCCUGCUGACCCUGGACCUGGCGCCCCGCUCCCUGCCCCCCUCCCCCGUCACCCACGCUGCCUCCGCCCUGCUGCCCCCCGGGGAGGUCAAUGGCAUGGCACUGUGGGCGGACUGGCACCUGACGAAUGAUGACGGGGAUGUAGUGACGACGGGGCCAGUGGAGACGGUGAUGCUGGGGGAGGAGGUGUGCUGGGAUGUGCACAGCCGACAAGGUGUGUAUCUGUUCCCCUCGCCACAUCGCCUAGAGGAGGGCCAGCACCACGCCCUCUACCACACCACCACAUUCCUACCACACGACGGAACUAUGGCCUUCACCUUCAGGAUAGAGACAGUGCCAGACUCCACCACCAUCACCACCACCUCUAACUCUACCACUAACACUACCAUCACUAACUCUACCCUCACUAACUCUGCUCCCUCUAACUCUGGUUCCUCUAACUCUCCCACCACUAAUUCUGCCACCUCUAACACUCUCACCACUAACUCUAACCAUGCCGCUGAGGACUCUACCCCUGCCACUAACACUACUCGGGGCGCUGUUGAAUCUACCACUAACUCUACUCACCAUGCCACUAACUCUGUCCCUCCUCUCUCCUCUAACUCCACUGCUCACUCCACUUCUUCCGCCUCUAACUGUGCUCUCUCCACCUCUAACACUACUACUACUACUACUACUUCUACUACUACUACUACUACUCUUAUGAAUGGUGAUGAUUUGGUAGAUUAGGUUAAUUUUUUUUAUUUUUUUUAUUUUUUUUAUUUCAGUGUAUAUGUGUGUGUGUGUGUGUGUGUGUGUGUAUACCUGUUUGUAAUCUACCGUCUCCCUAUCUACAUUCAUCCACCCUUCCCUUCAUUUGGUGGACACUGCUCGCCUCCACCUCCUCUUCCUGCAAGCUGUUCCACAUUCCUCUAUAUAGUUUCCUUCCAUGUUCUCUCUCAGCCAAAGCGUUCCCACAGUUAAGGAAAGAUCAACUCCAUCCAUCUCGUCAAACUUACUCACCAACUUAUUCAGCGUGUUCAGGUCUCCUCUCUCCCUUCUUUGUCCCGGCGUCGUCAAGCCCAUCUCCCUCAAUCUGUCUUCAUACGAGAGUUCUUCAUAUGAGUGUUCAAGAGUUCUGGGACCAUUUUCAACCCUCGGUAUCCUUCCCAACUUUCUGAUAUCCUUCUUUUUUGUGAGGCAACCACAAAACUACACCAUAUUCAAGUUUUGGUCUUAUAAGUGUUAGUAUUUUCUUCAUCAUUUCCUCGUCCGUAUAGAGGAAUGACGCCCUUAUAUGCUCCAGUGUUGCCAAGUCCAUCUCCCUCAGUCUGUCUUCAUACGAGAGUUCUUCAUAUGAGUGUUCAAGAGUUCUGGGACCAUUUUCAACUCUCAGUAUCCUUCCCAACGUUCUGAUAUCCUUCUUUUUCUGAGGCGACCACAAAACUACAGCAUAUAUAAGUUUUGGUCUCAUAAGUGUUGUCAGUAUUUUCUUCAUCAUUUCCUUGUCUGUAUAGAGGAAUGACGCCCUUAUAUGCUCCAGUGUUGCCAAGCCCAUCUCCCUCAGUCUGUCUUCAUGUGAGAGUUCUUCAUGUGAGAGAGUGUUCAAGAGUUCUGGGACCAUUUUCAACUCUCUGUAUCCUUCCCAACGUUCUGAGAUCCUUCUUUUUCUGAGGCGACCACAAAACUACAGUAUAUUUAAGUUUUGGUUUGAUCAGUGUUGUCAGUAUUUUCUUCAUCAUUUCCUUGUCCGUAUAGUGGAAUGACACGCUUAUAUUUUGUAUCAUCCUGUAGGUUUCCCCAAAUUGCUUGUUUAUGUGCUUUUCUGGGGAUGAUGUGUCUUGGAACAGUGCUCACAAAUCUUUCUUCAUGUACGAAUUUCAAGCUUUCUUCUCCCAUCCUGUAUGUGUGUGUGUGUGUGUGUGUGUGUGUGUGUGUACCAGUAGACAUAUACAGACACACAUGUACACACACACACACACACACACACACACACAUGCGCUGUAUAUUAAUUUUUAUUCAAACUUUUUAUGACUAUAUUUUAGUUAUAGGAAGGAGGAGGAGGAGGAGGAGGAGGAAGAAGAGGAGA